AUGAGCCGAACCAUUGACUUCCUCUCGGACUCACCAGGGAUCACUUAUCGGGCCAACCCGACGUCUAUGCCCCGAUUUUCCUAUUCCCAUUGAUCCCUCCUCUCUUGAGCGACAGGGUGGGUGGGUGGGAAAAUUCGAUCAAGUCCCAAACGAAAACUCUAUUCUCUCGCUGCUGCUUUGCUGCACUGCCUUCGCGGGCGACGCAACGCUUUUCCCUUCGAGGUCCUCGGCUUCCCAAGGAUCCCAACAGCUUCUGCCACUCUCUCUCUCUCUCUUCAUUGUACCCUGGAUAUAGCUAUACCCCCGUGUACCCUUUUUUGCCUCUCGCCGCUCUUUCACGAAACUUCCGGAACGCUUCCACAAACCACGGAUUCACGGUUAUACCGAAUCCUUCGUUUUAUGGUUUGCUCAAGAAAUUUGGAUUAUUAGAAAAAGCGACAAGAAAUCAGAAACGCCGAAACCAAGAAAUAUUGAAACCAAAAUUCAACCAAUGAGCCGAACAAUUUACUUCCUCUCGGACUCACUAGGCAUCACUUCUCGGGCCAACCCGACGUCUAUGCUCCGGUCAUAUCCCAUUGCGCGCCCCGAUACUCGGCGCCCUUGUCCACGCUAUUUCUCCCCUUCAGCUAGACGCUAGUGCGCGCGAUACACAAUUAGCGCCUUCGCCUCUUGCCCUAACGCACGUCAUGAAGGCUCCUGACUUCCAACUCCCCGCCCUCUGGAUCUGAACAACCGAUGCGCCCUGCUUUGCUAGUUGCUUCGCACCACCUAUCCUCCCUGAGUGCAGCGCGAAGUGCGUUGGGUCUUCUCCUACUCGUCUCGCCAUGCUCUCAGCACUGUCGUUGCUUCCGACCUCGACACUACUGCCCACCGUCGCUGCUUGACCGACUGCAUGAGCGGCGCGCUACUUCCUAACUCUGUGUGCACGUCAAGCAGAUUCAGCAAAAUCUCUAGCGCCCCCAUCUUCUCAGCCAUCUGUUCCCCUUCCUAGUCCCGCACUACUCUCUCUCUCGUCACUACCGCGCCUCGCCUCUUUUGGUCCGCUUUCGAUGCGCGAAAAGUCACUUCAACUCUGUCUGCCCGCCUUCUUUCGUUCCAUGCCAACCGACACGCUCCUUCGAAGAAUACGAGGUUCCCUCUCGUGAGACAAAAAUCGGCGUGUACUACGCCGUUGUGGUAGGCCCACAGCUCAGACGCUCGGCACAGCAAGAAAUACGAGAGAGCGAUCCCCAUCCACGUCACUACUCUGAAAGCAUUCGUCUGCGCUCUCUCUCUCCCCGCAAUAAUCAUCGGCACGGUAAGCGGUUGCCUUACCGUGCCGUUUCGUCUCUGUACUCGCAUGCAGUCUGUCCAUUGCGUUCCCAAUAGCUACCACUCUGAAGUGCGACGUGGGCAGCUCCCAGCCUGCGUACAGUUUAUGGAAGUACUUGAUAGCCGUGAGGUACCCCUUCAGCGUUUGGCUCUGGUUCUUGUACACUAAACAACUCGACGCCAUAAACACAGUCAGCUCUCUCACUGCGCUAUCCACACCGUCCUCGUCGUACAACCAUGGACUCAAAUCGCUUUAGCUCUUUCAGCUGUCCACGUGUCCCACUUGCUGUGGUAUCCCUUCAGCGUGCUCGCGUUGAGGGAGCCGUGAUCCAUAAUCCUGAGGAGCCUUUCGCCUUCAUCGCUCGUUCCCUUCAUCCCGUGUUCGGUUCCUGCGCUUGAACACGUUAGAGUCACCGCACCUUUUUUAGUUCUUUCGCUCAUCAUUCUCUUAUCACUUCGUCUCUUUACACGCUUGCCAUGCGGCUCCACACGAGGCAAUCCAUUCUCUGGUUCGAGAGUUUCUCCUGCCGUAUCAUUUCAAUUAGUUCUCUUCCGUUGUCUCCGAUGUCUUGCAUUCGNUCCGGGGUGCGUCGGCUUUUCUCCCACGACCAUUUGGACCACCCAGCAUGUCAUUAUCAUUCCGAGCAAUUCUAGCGUGUUGAUCGUGAUUGCGCUGGUUUCUUUGGCUUCUGCUUUCCUUUUCAGCUCCGCGGUAAACGCGGGUUUAGAUCGAUACCGCCAGACCGCUUUUAGUUCGGGACAAUGUCCGCCUACUGCGUCGAAGUUAGCAUCCGAUAGGUAGUGACGGAGAGGCGUGCGUUGGACGUGAUUAAAUAACAACGCGCUAAGUGACUCUCCUUUCUCCGCGAGUUUAACUUCCAGCGCCCAUCUCCAGAAGUCUAGGUCUCCGUGGAACUCCCAACCAAGACGUACCUGCCGCUUCUCUCUCGACUUUAUGUUAGUCUUGUCGUGUAGGCCGGUGAGGCGUAAGAGGUGCCAAACGAAUAUUUCCCCGCCCUCACCACGUACCUCAGGUUCCAGAAUUUUCCCGCCAUACUCAGGACUUCUUGCACACUGGCGAAUUCUCUGGUCUGUGGCCAAUCGUUCUUUAGCGCGAUCCUUAUCGCGUCGAUCCUGUCACGUGUUGUCGCGAUCGUCAUUUUAUGUGUGUCUAUCGUGUGUCCGAGAAAGUCCACUUUCGUGUUCCAGUCUGUGUUUUUCUUCGGGGCGAGAAUGCGCGUUUGGCCGCCCUGCUGUCCCGAAGAAUCUCACACAGUCAGACGCUAAUGACGCGGAGGCUACCAGCGCUGAAGCGCCGUCUGGCGCAUGUUGUACUUUCAGUAAAGCGAAAUCGUCUACGUACACCCCACACGAGAAAUCAUCGUGUGGUCCGCCUCCGUCAUGCGGUUUCACGUUGGCAUCUCGGGGCACUCGGGCGGGUUGUCCGUCUUCCCACGGCUCGACUAUUUUCACAUGUGACAUCAUUUCGAUCCCUUCGUCUACUAGUUGUACGUUGGGGUCUACGUCUUCCUUGUUACGGAGGUUUUCUCCAGUUUUCGCACUGGGUCCUUCUCUGUCUUGUCGCCAAUAAACGUAUUGGGUAUAGCACUCUCGCGAUCUUCUCCCUGGUGCGAGGGGUCUGCUUCUCCCUUGUUACGGGGGUCUUCUCCAGCGUUCACGCCGGGUCUAUUCUCUUCUCCCGAGUUACGGGGGUCUUCUCCUCUCAUUUGUUCAAGUCUAGCACACGGUUGUUCAUCUCCUUGGUUAGAGGGAUUCAUUGGCACUCUGCAGUCAUUUCAUGUUCAUCGCUAUUGGUGCGUGAUUUACUCUGGCUGGUACUUCUACGAGUACACGGUUGUUCUACUCCUUGGUGACAUUGGUCUAUCAGCUCUGGUUCUGCACUAAUUUCAUGUUCCUCACUACUGUAUCGGUACUUGGUUUACUCGGGCGGGUACUUCUUCUCUCACCGUAGAUCACGUUCGGUGCCACCAACCCGGGAAGAGGCGAUUCAGUUAGCGCCACGGCCCUGCUCCUGUCUACGAAAGCUGCUACCGUGGCGUCACUCCCCCCCCUCGGCCGCGUUGGCCCCACCUCUGGAUGGGGCCCGUAUUGUCAGGAGUUGGUUCCUGCUGCUCCGUGUGGCCUGUACUUGUUACUGUAACGGGCGACUACGGGGCGUGAUGCGGCGAGGGCGGGGGCGGGGGCAAGAGCAAGGGCGGUCGCGGGGGCGGGAGGCCGGGCUAGCGCUGUAGGCGGCGGACCGGGCGGCGGACCGGGGGGGGCAACGCUGGGGUGAACCUGUACGUGGUUGAGGGUGCAGUGCGGGCGGGUGUACUUUUGCCCUUUCCAGUGGCAGUGACACGCGCGAUGGGGGGUUCCCCACGUGAGGAGGUCCUGCUGGAACGAGGUCAACGUCGCCACCGCGUGUUGGUGGGCAACGGGUGCGGCGGCUAUCCGCGGGCGGGAUGCUGUAUGUCCGCUCGUGACGCUGCUCGCUGACGCUUUCCUCUUCUGUGGCUGCGGGAGCCCGGCCAGGCCGUUGUUAAGCUUUCCGACGAUUAUGUUGGCGCUGCCUUCCGCGGUGAGACCGCGCAGCCGCGAAAACGCGGGGGGGGGGGACGGGUUGCACGUCGUCAGCCGCCGGCGGGGAGAUGUCGUGGUCAGCGUGGGUCGCGACACCAAGGUCUGAGAUGUUUCCGAGAUAGUCGUUGAUGUCGGUGUUGGUGUCGGUGAUCAGGCGCGUCUUCACCGCUGCUUCUUGACCCGUGAUCUCGGCCGAAUGAAGGCUGAGGUAGUCCGGGGCGUUGGACACAAUGCGGCUGACUUCGGCUUUCAACUGUUGCCUGCGACCGGUCGAUGGUUCGCCUGCGGUGUGUAUGCCAUGGUCCAACACGGCGAAGAAUGCUUUCACGAACGUCUCGAGGUGGACGAUGAAGUCGCGUGGCUGCGGGGUCCACCACGUAGAGAGGGCGAAUCGAUCAUUUCGGCGUCGGGAUGGGCCACUUUGCGCAGCAGCUGGGCAAUUGCGUUCUUUGACAGCGUGGUGCUAACGAACCACCCGCCGCGCAGCAGAAGCAGCGUCGCCGCGGACUCGUCUCCCCGUGCCUUCGUAUCGCGGCGAAACCUUUCUUUCUGUACAUGGGUGUUGAGGGCCUGGUUCGACACGUUUAUCUUUUGGCACAGAGCUUGCGCUUGCUGUAGCUGUAGCACGAGCUGGCCACCUAGAGGGAGAUUGAUGGACUGGAGCUGGCCUUGCUGGUGGAGGCCGCCAGGGGGGAGGUGGCCAGGCUGCUGUUGCUGAUGCUGGUGCUGGU